UCCCUUCUUUCGCGAGAGGAGAAGGGGAGCUUUCCUCACGCAGGAUGCUCAAGAAGCUUCUCCGCGGCUCUCUCCCUCGUCUUCUCCGAUAACAUCUGUAGAGAAUCUUAGAGAGUGUAUCGUGUAUGUUCUCUGAGUGGUGUAGACUCUGAUGGAGUCGGAGAUGAAUUCGCUGUUGCAGCGUUACCGCGACGAUCGCCGCAAGCUCCUGGAGUUUCUCAUGUCGUCGGGUUCGAUAACGGAUCUCCGGGAUCGUUCUGAUUCCGCAGAUUCCCUCUCCGGCGCUGAUUUGGACGCUCUCAGCGCAGAUUAUGUUCUCGAAUGCGUGAAAUCCGGUAGCGCAGUUGAUUUAUACAAGGGCACGGAGCAAUACAAUCUUGAGUCCUCGUAUCCAAUAACGAUACAUUCUGAAUCAGGAGAUUCCUAUUUUCUUGUAUCAAAUCCAGAUAUGGCAGGAUCUCCUCCUAGGCGUUUGCCUCCCCCUCCAGUUAACUUGAAAAAACCCAGUAAGAACGGACCGGGCAUGUCAUCCCACAUUGACUCUCCUGAUAGUCCUACAUCUAAAGACAACUAUAUCUUUCAAGAGGAAUCUUCUAAUGUCAAACCCGUGAAACCUAACAAAAUUACCCCUCUUGGGUUACCAACCUUGAGAACAGGACUAUCGGAUGAUGAUUUGCGAGAAACAGCGUACGAGAUAAUGGUUGCCUCUUUGUUGCUUUCGAGUUCCGAAUCAUAUUCUACUCAAAGCAGAAAGAAGGACAAAAGUUUAAAACUUUUGUCAAGUUUGAAGAGAAGGGAGAAACUGAAUCUACAGCCUCAGUUCUCUGAUAAACAUUCAGAGCUUAUCAAUACAUUCCGUGUUCAGAUGCAGAUUUCAUCAAGGAUGGAUACAUGCAUCCGGAGAAAUCUGGUACAGUUGGCUGCUAUGAGGACAGAUGAACAAAUUGAUCUACCACAGUUGGCAUUGGGGCUUUUGGUUGGGAUAUUCAAAUCAGAUUUUCCUAAUGAAAAACUAUACAUGAACUGGAAGACUAGACAGGCUAACUUACUAGAAGAACUACUCUGUUUUUCAACUAGUCUGGGGAGAAAUGAACGAGCAACUGUUGAAAAUUGUCUUGCUAAGAUCAGAGAUUCAAAGGAAUGGGAUGUUGUGAUGUCUUCUUCACUGCGUGUUGAGGUUCUAUCAUCUAUUAGGCAGGUGGCUUUGAAGUUGUCUUCACUACCUGGCCGAUGCGGAAUCGAAGCUGAAACUCACUAUUGGACCGGUGCCUAUCAUGUGAAUGUUAGGCUGUAUGAGAAAUUAGUAUUUGGCAUAUUUGAUAGUCUUGACGAGGGUCAACUCAUAGAGGACGCUUUGGCAAUGCUCUUCCAUAUGAAGUCGAUUUGGCCUGUUUUGGGCAUAACUGAGGAACUGCACAAUGCAAUAUAUGGUUGGGUCCUUUUUCAACAGUUUGUCUGUACAGGCGAACCUGCGCUUUUAGAUAAUGCGGCUCGGGAGUUGCAGAAAGUUACUUCUGUUGAAGAGGACAACACGAAGGAAGAGCUUUAUUUAAGUCAUCUAGUAUGUUCAAGGCAAAUCAAUGGAUCUGAGAGAAGUUUAAGUCUGCUGAAGGCGAUACUUCUUUCCGUCAGUGUUUGGUGUGAUGAUAAACUUCAGGAUUACCAUCUGCAUUUUGGUCAGAAACCUCGUGAUUUUGGAAUUUUUAUGAACUUGGCAUCAACAGUUGGAUGUCCUGCAGAUUGGACGGAAAGUGAGCUUAUCAAAGUGGAUACUCUGAGCGAUGAUGCCAGUGAAAAGAUACAAUCCUAUGUUCAGAGUUCUAUUGAAGCUGCAUGUGCCAGGGCAGCGCAUUCUGCAUACAUGAAAUCUCAAGUUGAAAGAUCGCAUCCACUAGCUCUGCUUGCAAAUGAACUAAGGCUCAUUGCCAAGACAGAGAUCAAUGUGUUUGUUCCUGUGUUUUCCAAAUGGUUGCCUGAUUGUAUGACGAUCUCAGCAUUGCUGCUGCACCAGUUCUACGGGGAAAGACUGAAUCCUUUCCUCAAGGGAAUUUCAUCCAUCUCUGGAGAUAUUAGACAAGUAAUUCCUGUUGCCUAUACUUUGGAGGAUGACCUGAUUCAGCUGUAUAAUUCUCAUAGCAAAUCCAAGUUGCAGAAACCUUUCUCCCAGAAGUUGAAGCGUUACCAGAUAGAAGAUGUUGUCAAGCCUAUCAUGCUUGACUGGCUUAUUUCUCAGCAUAAUCAUAUCUUGGAAUGGACCGGGCGAGCAUUUGACAUAGAGGAGUGGGAUCCUCUAUCAUUUCAUCAAAGACAAGCCGCAUCAAUCGUGGAAGUAUUCAGGAUUAUAGAAGAGACCGUGUCUCAGCUAUUUGGUUUGAAUCUUUCUUUGGACAUCACACAUCUCCAGGCGCUUCUCUCGAUAAUCUAUCAUAGUUUGGAUGCUUAUCUACAGAGAUUUCUCAGUCAACUAGUUGACAAGAAGCAUCUAUAUCCACCUGCACCUCCUCUAACUCGAUUUGCCGAAGCUGUUAUGCCAGUCAUGAGGAGGAAGUCACUUGAGUUUACAGGACCAGAUGAUAAAGUGCUUAAAAAGUUGGAUGAGUUGACAAUACCAAAGUUUUGUAUAAGAUUGAAUACACUUCGUUAUAUCCAGAAACAAAUUGGUACUACGGAAGAUGGUAUAAGAAAAGCUUGGGCGCUUGUCCGAUCCUCUCAUGCCAAGAGAUCAAAAAAUGAGAUAGACGAAACCUCAGAGGAGAAUUCGUUGACACAUAGUGAAGCUGUUGAUGAACUCUUUGCUACGACCUACGACAGCCUCAGGGAUACAACCGCCAAUUGCAUAGCCAAAACCUGCAACUUAAUCGGAGCAAGAGCCAUAUUCUGGGAUCUGAGAGACAUGUUCCUGGUUCAGCUAUAUCGCGGCAGUGUCGAAGGGUCUCGCUUGGAAGGAUUACUCCCUCAUAUUGAUUCUGUCCUGGACAGUGUAUGCAGUUUGAUUGAGGAAGACUCGAGAGACAUGGUGGUCUUAAGCAUCUGCCAAGCCGCAUUGGAAGCCUAUGUCCGAGUUCUACUUGAUGGAGGGCCAACCCGUGCAUUUUCGGAUUCAGACAUCCCCUUGAUGGAAGAGGAUCUCACCAUUUUGAAGGAGUUCUUCAUCGCUGAAGGUGAGGGUCUUCCCCGUACGCUAGUCGAGCAAGAAGCCAAACUGGCUGAACAGAUUCUCGACUUGUACUCUCUUGAGAGCGAAAUGCUGAUACAGAUGCUGAUGACGGCGAGCGAGCUCGUCUCCAUGGGAGUGAGCUCAGAGAAACGAGGGCGGUCACGGGGCAUGGAGGACGCCCGCACUCUGGUGAGAGUUCUCUGCCACAAAAAAGACCAUACUGCCUCCAAGUUCUUGAAACGCCAGUAUGAGCUCCCCAUGUCAUCAGAGUAUGAAGAUCUGGCAUCAAACCUGCCCGCUUUCUCGGAAAUCGUGAGGAGCACAUCGUCCCGCUGGAGCAGAACGAGCCAGAGUAGCUUCAGUUCCAUCAAGAAGAAGAUCCAAGAAGCUACAUCUGAAAUCAGGAACAACUCGGGAUGGUAGAAUUGUGACCAAAGACGAGAAGAACCCACCAUGUUCCUCAUAGACAUCAAACAAUUUCACAUAAUUUUAUGGUGUUUGAUUCAAUUUUACAUAAUCCCAAAAAGGCCACUCCUACCUUAACUAA